CAACUUAUAGAGAAACAUCAUCAUGAUCUUCUCACUGGUUCUGCUGGGGGCUCUGCUACCACAUAUGACCCUUACAGCGUAUGUAAAUGUGGGUAUAGUGAACGGUACCGAAGCAAAGGCACAUUCCAGACCCUACAUGGUUUCUAUUCAAAAAGGUGGUAAACACAUCUGCGGUGGCUUCCUCGUUUCUGAACAGUUUGUCAUGACGGCUGCACAUUGCUAUACAGAUGGAGAUAAGUUGACGGUUGUGGUUGGAGCUCAUAAUCUCAAUCAAAGUUCUCCCCGGAUGGAUGUGAAGUUUUACAACAUCCAUCCUAGGUACGACUCUAAAACCUUCGUAAAUGACAUCAUGAUACUUAAGCUCGAUGGAACAACCAAAAAUAUGAAAAACGUCAAAUCGAUCUCCAUAUCAAAAAAAAAUAUCAAGGCUGGGUCUAAAUGCAGUGUUGCAGGUUGGGGAAGAAAGACCACCAACGGUUCUGGAACUAAUCGUCUUAUGGAGGUUGAUGUCACCGUCAUUGACACGAAAGCAUGUGAGAAGAUAUGGAAUAAAAAAUUCUUAAGGAAUGUAUGUGCACUUGGUCCUGGGGGAAGUUGUAAGGGAGAUUCUGGAGGUCCUCUGGUGUGUAAGGACACUGCAGUUGGUGUCGUUUCAUUUGGCGAGAAGGGCAACUGUGACAGACCAACAGCGCCAAAUGUCUACACCAAGAUUUCCUCAUUUCUGCCCUGGAUUAAAACUAUACUUAAACGUGUGAAACAAGAUCUUGAUUCGUAUGUAAAUGUGGGUAUAGUGAACGGUACAGAAGCAAAGGCACAUUCAAGACCCUACAUGGUUUCUGUUCAGAGAAAUAAGCAACACAUGUGCGGCGGCUUCCUCGUGUCUGAACAGUUUGUCAUAACGGCUGCACACUGCUUUAAAGACUUUAAGAUGACGGUUGUGGUUGGAGCUCAUGAUCACAGACACGGUUCUGACCACAUAGCUGUGAAGUUCUUCCACAUCCAUCCUGGAUAUGACUCAAAAGCUCUGAUAAAUGACAUCAUGAUACUUCAGCUCAAUGGAACAACCAAAAACAGAAAAAACGCCAAACCCAUCUCCAUACCAAAUAAAGAACAGGACAUCAAGGCCAAGUCUAAAUGCAGUGUUGCAGGCUGGGGAGCAACAACCAGCAACGGUUCUGGAACUGAUCGUCUUAUGGAGGUUGAUGUCACCGUCAUUGACACGAAAGCAUGUAGCGUCAUCGUGGGCACGAGGUUUGGUAAAGGCCUAUAUAAACGGUCGUGGUGGUCUCUCUUUCAUCUUGCGAUCAUCAUGAGAGCCACCUACAUCCUCAUACUCACCGUGGCUUUAACAUGCCUGACACUGUCUGGUACAUUCGGAGCUGACAUCAUCAAUGGGAAAAGAGCAAAGAAGAACUCGCUGUUGUACAUGGCGUCUAUACAGACAGACGGAAAACACAAAUGCGGAGGAUUCCUGAUCGAUCCGAGUUACGUGCUCACAGCUGCACAUUGCUAUGCGAGUGGCAACAUGACUGUGAUACUGGGGACACACAACAUUGAUCCACGGGGGUCGAAUCUGAGAAGAUAUACAGUGCAAAAUAAACAUAAGCAUCCGUCGUACCAGAAUGUUUCAAAUGGAGAUGACAUUAUGCUUCUGAAGCUCUCCGAAAAACUAAAACUGAGCAAAGCUUUGAAAACCGUCAAAAUUCCAAGCAAGGACAGACCGAUAAAGAUGAACUCCAAGUGCAUUGUAGCAGGAUGGGGCAAAACUGAAAAGCAAAAUGUGGUGAACGACCUUCUAGUAACGGACGUGUCGACCAUUAAUUUCACCACAUGCCAGUCUAUGUGGAAAUCGGUGAAUGUGAAACUUCCUGAAAACAUCAUCUGUGCUGGGGGCGUCGAUACAAAAAGUGGCGCGUGCCAGGGUGAUUCGGGUGGACCUUUGGUGUGCAGUGGGCUAGCAGUCGGAAUUGUCUCAUUCAACCUGAGGGGCCGGUGUGACUACCCAAAUGUUCCCAACAUUUACACCAAGAUUUCAAAAUAUUUACCCUGGAUCAAGAAGGGUGAUUCAGGAGGUCCACUGGUGUGCAAUUCAGUGGCGGUGGGCAUUGUCUCCUUCAUAAAGAAGUGUAACUAUCCAAAUGUACCGAACAUCUACACGGAUAUAUCGAAAUAUUCAAGAUGGAUAAAAGAAAUGAUGAAGAAAAGAGCAAGUUGAUUGUCACUGCUGUAUUCUUUAAAACAUUUAUGGACCAAAUAAAUCUCAUUUAUGGAAGAUGACUCUGUGUUUUUGAAAAUAAAAAUUGUGCUUGUAUU